ACAGAAUCUUAGUUCAAAAUUAAUUUACCAUGGCCUUGGCGUAGAAUAACUUCGGUGUCGUGGAGUACGGUUAUCUAAAAAAAAGUUGAAUUUUCUUAUCAAGGCGGUUUACUGCUACUUAUAAGUUUGAAGUAGGUUAACGGCAUAGUUCUGAUAGAGGGUUGCAUCAAAUUACAGCUUUUACAGAGAAUAGACGAGGGCAGACAGAACAUUGUGAAAAAAUAAUAAGUAGGAAGGCUACAUUUCACUACAAACAAAUUAUGAUUAAGAUCAUGAAGUUGUAAAACCGUAAGGCAAAUUACCUCAUAACUUAACCAAAAUACUAUAUGAUUGGAUUUUAACCGUGUUAUUUGGAGUGGAAAGAUCGCGUAGAUACACAUGUAAAAAAGAACUGCUUUUCUUGAUCGCACCUGAGUGUUAUUACCUUGACGGACAGCUGAAUUUGUUUGUCGCGUUACGUAGGAUUAUAGGUUAUUAAAUUCACAAAGAUAUUCGACGGGAAAUCAAGGUAUAUGUGCUAUUGACACUUAUCACCCACAUAUAUUAUACACGAGUCUUGUAUGUGAAAAAAAAAACCAACUGAUCAGUCGUUGAAGAAACGUUGGUUAUUAUGAUUAGACAACAACAGUUUAUUUAAAGUUCCGUGUGUAUCUUGAGAGGAUUACAAUGUGUUGCAUCCUUUAGUAAAAUUUGCUCGUAAAUAGUGAUGUAUUUUAUGUUGCAACUGAUUAACUGACAAGUAUUGACUUUUGAACGGGGACAACGAGGUUAAAGGUGUUUAUUUUUCAAUACACAUGCAAUCAACGAUUCGUUGAGAAAUCUACAUGAUCAAUUAAGUUUACCUGUUUGUUAGCAAGCAAGGUGCAAUAAACACACUACUAUCUUACUGCAGUGGGAAAGGAAAGAGAGGAAAAUUCGUUAUUUUAUUAGUUGUUGUGUAUUUAAUUUGAUCAGAAUUAUUUUAAUUGGAUGCACAUCUUUUGACGUACGUAGAAUUGUUGAGCACAACAGUCAAAAUGUGUGAGAGUAUUACGGAUUGGUUUCAUAAUAUGUCUACUAACGAUAUCAACAAUGUGUCCACAACUUCUAAUGCUGGGCAAAACGGAAUAGAGGAAGACUUUCAUCAGGAUGUCUUCAGUGAUCAGUACUACGGUUCUCCCGACAGUUCUAUGAAACAGUCUGCAAGAGAACAGAAAAGAAGACCUAAGCCAAAAGAUGGAUCAUUACUUGUGUGUGGUGUCUGUGGAGACAAGGCACUUGGAUAUAACUUUGAUGCCAUAACUUGUGAAUCAUGCAAGGCUUUCUUCAGACGUAAUGCUCUCAAAACUAAGGUAUUCACCUGCAGCUUUGAUGGAAAUUGUAAGUUGGACACACACACACGGAAGUUUUGUUCGGGUUGUCGACUGAAGAAAUGCUUUGAUAUAGGCAUGCGUAAAGACUGGAUCUUAAGUGAUGAACAACUUGCCAAGAGAAAAACAACUACAAAGCCUGAAAAGAAUGUUUGCAUCAACAAAAAUAAACAAAGAAAGAUCGAAGAUUCCCCAGGAAGCACUGAGGAUGUUUCAACGACUUAUAUGUCCGAGGACUCCAAUAAGAGCCCUAUGGAUGAUCUGUCCCCACUUAAAAGUGAUCUAGAGGACGAAGACUAUAUAGUGCCACUCAGUGAAGAGUACAAGAAAGAGAUUGAAAAUUUGGAAUCCCAGUAUAAAAUUGUCUUUGAUUCUGGAUAUACAGAGGAACAAGUUCAGAAACUAACCGGUGACCCUAGAUCUCCUGAUGAGCUGUUUAAUAUGACCGACAUAUUCAUACGCAGACUUAUAAAAUUUGCUAAACAUAUUCCAGAAUUCAGGGCUUUGCCUCAGGAAGAUCAGAUACAUUUACUAAAGGGUGGUAUCAUGGAAAUAAUGGUUCUGAGGUCAGCAAUGGGAUUCGAUUCCCGUGCCAUGCAGUGGAAAGUAAAAACAACUGAAGAAGGAGAAAAACGACUAGAUCCAACAGUUAUACAGAAGAACUUAGGAACGGGGAUGUAUGUUGAACAUGUCAAAUUUAUCCGCAGUCUCAAUGAAAUUACUCGUGCAAACAAAACAAUAAUGACUUUAUUAUUUGUCAUUGAACUGUUUUCAUCAGACCGACCAAACCUCAUAAAUAAAGACCUUGUGUCAAAAGGACAAGAGAAAUUCUCAGCAUGGCUGCGAGCAUAUCUUGAAUCACAAAUCCCAGUCGGUGAAGCAAAGAUUACUUACCCCAAACUUCUCAUGAAGUUGUUGGAUGUACGAAGUCUUGGUGAGUCAAGUGCUCAACUAGCCUCACAUCUAGAUAUUACAAGACUUGAGCCCUUACUGGUAGAAGUAUUCAAUUUACAGAAGUAAAAAUUUGUCAAACAGGAGAUAUUAUAUUAAACAAUGUGAGGGAAAUUUGAGUCAUAUAUGUUGGUACUUUUAAUAUUGUUUCAUGUUUAUGAUUAUAUGUUUAACGGCUCAAAUUGAAUUCAUAUGGUUAUAAAAAUCACAAAUGUUCCGGGCAUUUUAUAAAUAUGAAAUAGUGAUUUUCCAAGUCACUGGCAGCAAUAAAUUAUUAAAACUGCCUGAUAACACCAGCAUGCAUUCCAAAAAAAUGCACAAAUAAAUAUUGGCAAGGGUAACGUGCCAUUGGGCCUCUUGAUCUCAGAUGGUUGUGUAAAAGGGGCAUGUGAUACUUAGUUAAAAAAAUAAAGACAUCACACAUCGUACUAAGGAAGUAUCUCUGUCAUUUUCAGUUUUAUUUUAAAAACAUCAUAAUAUACACUCCUGUAUCAGCUGUCUCCUUGUUUGAUGUAUAUUUAUUUUGCUUUCUAAAUUUGUUGGAGGCUUAAAAGGAACACAAUCAGUGUUGUAUGAAUGAAAUUUUAAGAUAAAACAAUACAGAAAUUACUUGGAAAAUAAGGUGGUCACAAUUUUACAGAAAUGUUCAUAUCUUCAUGUUUACUUGAUAUCAGCUGAAAUCUCAGGAAAUUGUUUACCUCUUAACCUAUGCAUUCAUACUCAUUGUGAAACAUUAUCGGAAUAACUAGGUACAACUUAAGCUUAUGAGGAACCUAAUGUUGGUCAAUUUCAGAUAUUUUUCAAGACAAAAACUAGAUGUCUUUUUUCUGAAAGAACCUUAAUAUUUGUUGCUUAAAAGUUUGUUCUGAUACAGAUAAAAGGAGUAUAUUAUAGAGCAUGAAGAUGCAUAGUUAAAAUAAGCGGUCUCUAUAUACAUACAGUAACAAUGAAUUGUAACCACCAUAUUUAUAAUUCUCAGAUGUAUAUGUAUAAAUUUUUCACAUAUUAUUAGUUAAUAUUUAUACACUUCUUUAAGUUUAUAUCUGUGAAGGAUAUAAAGACACAAUAUCAAUGUGAAUAUCAUUGAAUAGAAAUAUUUAACUUCUACAUUUUUGUAAAAUACACCACAUUUAUAUGAUUCUGUAGUGAACAGUUUUAUACUUAGCUGCUUUGUUGCUUACCUUGUAAUUUUAUAAAGACAUUUUAGAACUUUUUGCUAUUGAAUCACAAAUACCUGCAUUAAUAUAGAUAAUAAAGUACAUGUACAAUUUUUUUAAUUUUUUUCCCCUAUUUCAGUAGAGUGUUUAAACAAAUAAUGGAAUCACUCAUUAUCUUGUAUAC